CGCUCUACAAAGACGAAACUUCUUAGGCUGUGAAUGCAAUGACAGGGAAUGCAAAAAACACAGGAGCAGACUUUGAAAAAAUCCACAUAAGGUCCAAACUCUCUCUCUCUCUCUCUGCCUCUCUUUCUGUGUGUGUGAGUGCUCGGAUGCUGCCAGAGUUUAUUUCUGGUGGCAGGUUCCUGUGGUAACUCUAGAAGGCUCAGUCAGGAUAGGAGCAAGAGCGCCCUUACGCCAGUCUGCCAGUGGCCACCGUACAGUGAAGUGGUGUGGUGUGGAGGACUCGUAGUGCCGCUCUCUGUGAUUUUUGUUUCAGUCCCCCUCCUUUUUUUUUUAAGCGAUUUCCUCGUGAAAGCACAAACAUGGUCAUCAAAGUAUAUGUCUCCACGAUCUCCUUUAGUCAAGAGGUAAAAAAAAACCAACAGCGAGCCCUCAUGAUCCUGGAGAGUAAAAACAUUCCUUUCGUGACCAUCGACAUAACUGACCCAGGCCAAGAGGACUCCAAAGACUACAUGAACGAAAAUGCGAGGCCAAAAGGUAACAACAAAGUCCCUAUGACGCCACAGAUCUUCAAUGAUGCCGAUUACUGUGGGGAUUUCGAUGACUUGGAUAUGGCAAAUGAAUGCGAUACCCUGGGAGAUUUCCUCAAAUUGACAGAUGAACAGAAAAAGGACAUAAAAAUUGGUAUCACCAGUCUUGUACCCGACGAUGAGAAAGCCAAGCACCAAGACAGCCAACCUUUGACUAACGGUGUUUCAACUAGUCGAGAGGCUUCACAGGAGAAGCGCCCACCAUCUGAUGAACCUAAGGAAACAGAAGAAAAUACUUUGGAAGAAGUUAAUGAAGUUCCACCAGUGUCUGUUAUUACCCCUGCUGAAACUGCAAUUGAAGACGAAGAGCUGACAAGAGAUUUACCAGAUCAGCUAGAAUCUAAAGAUGUAGAUGGGGAAGUUGAGAAAGAACACGAGGAAGUAAAUGAGGAUGAGGUAACGAAAGAACAAGUGGAAGCGGCUGCGGAAGAAGAGAAAGGGGUUGAAGAGGAGGGGGAGGUGGAGGAGGAGGAGGAGGAGGAGGGAGAAGAAGAGGAAGACAAAGGGGUUCAAGAACCUUCAGCAUAGAGACUACAGUAGAAUAGAAAAGCUCCACUGAACUUCGUCUGGAAAAGCUGGAAUCACGCCUAACCUUUGGAGAAGUUUCUUCAGACAACAGAUUUAUUUGUAAACAAAAGAAAAAAUGCUAGGAUUUUAGUCCGAAACUUUGUCUGGUUUCAGUAUUAGAAUAUUUGGUGUAAAUAACUAUGAGAAAGUUUAACGAUAUGAUUAAGAUUACAUAAAAAAUGUAAUGCGUUCUUGUCAAUAACAGUAUAUGAUGAAAUAUCAGUGCAACUUUUGAAGGGAGCCAUUGAUUUUUACAUAACUUGUAACUUACUUAAGGAAAUCAUGUGCAUAGGAUUUUGUGAAGCAGACUUUCAAAAUCAAUUUGAUAUCAUCUCUUUACUUUAAUUUUUUUUCUUGAACAAAAUAUCAGGGUAUCAUUUGGAUUCAUCACAUUACCAAUGAUGUAUGUGUGUACAAAGAGAUACACUAAUUCUGUGUCAUUCUGGCAUAAGGAUUUAAAUAGCCAUGUUAAUGCAUUUACAAAGGAGAAUUUGAUACUAUGUUUUGAUUUUUUCUUCCAAAAGAAGUUCAUUCUAUGUUGACUACCUUCUGUGUUUAAAAUGAGAAAGCUUCCGCACUCCUCCAUUUUCUUUUGUAGUCAGAAAAACUGAAAAGGUCUGAGGUUAUAAUUUCAUUUUGCAACUAAAUUGGUGACCAUUAUACAAAAAUUGGCUGCUGAGGUAAAUACAGACAGACUUAAAUUAUGGUGGAUUCUGGUGAGAGAUAUAAAAAAAUUAGGUAAAUUUUGCAUUGCACUGAGCAUGUGUCAAAUGAAAGAUGAAUACAUGCCCACAUUUCUGCUUAUUAUAACAGUGUCAAAUGUGUCCCUACUCUUACUUGAGAGUAAAUAUUGUAUACUGAAUGAGAGUAAAUUUUUUGUAAUAAACAAAUGGCAGUAAGAUAAUUUCAACUGUCUGGUUAAUGUUCAUAAAAUCUCUGUCAAAUACACAUGGGAUAAUAUAAAGGACAGGACCUGUAUGAGGCAAACCAAAAUAAAUUCAAGAGGUAACUUUCUCAUUUAUGGAAGCUGGAUGUCAAUGUCACUCAAGAUAUUUUUGUGACAUUCCUAACAUGAACAUUAUAAAGUGAAAGGGUAUGACACAUUAGCUACACGCUCACAAUAUGAAACCUUUCACAUUUCUGCUGUCAGUUUUAUAGUUUAAAGAAACACUUUACCAUGAUUUCAAGAGAUAAAGGUUAUGGUAACAGACAUUGUGAUGCCCUUUAUUCUUCAUUCACAGCAAAACAGAUGAAAGUGAUCAAGUCUAUACCGGACCUGACCUUUCUGAAAUUGGAAUGUUUGUGUUUUACAACAUAGUCAAUCCUUGUUGUUGAAUUAAUUUCAUCAUUAGCGCAUUCUGUAAACAGCUUAUACACUAAAACUAGAUUUAACAUUUAAAGAUAGCACAGAAACUUCUUCAAAGGUAGAAAGUACUGGUGGUCAUCCGUUGAUUCACGAAAAUAAUCUGUUGAUUUAUGACAAUUCAAACUAUAUGAACUUUUAACACCUCUGAGUGUUAUGGGUACUAUGACAACCACAUCCUGAGAGUUGUAACAGGUUGUGAAUCAGGAUCUAUUAUUCCUAAUCCUCGUAAGAAACAGUGUGAAGGAAAAGCAGGAUAAAGUCAGACCAGUAGUCUUACUAGUGAGAACAGUACGUAAUAGUAUGGUAACAAACCCUAUACUGCAGUGAAAUUUGGUGAUAUUGCAUACAAAGCUCAUAUCAUAUAAAUUCCAGUUCCCAUGACCACAAUAAAAAGAUUUUUGGCCAUUUAAAGCCAAAAAUAAUUUUAAUUCAUAUUCUGUAUACACUAAGCUUAGAUUUGCAACAUCCUCUGUCAAUAACAAUUCUUAAAGCUGUCAAUUUGCUUAGCACUCAAUUCUAAUUACUACACAGAAGAGGCUUUCUUUCAAGUUAGAGUAAAGUAAAAGACUUAUAAAAAGUAUGAUGCAUUUCAUAGGAUGAAAUCACAAUUCAUUGACCUGCAAUGCACUCAUGUUCAUAAAAAUCAUAACCAACAAAUAUUUAGUUGAUAUAUCACGUACUGCAGUAGGGACAUUUGGUGAGUAGGAAAGACAUGUACUGACAAAACUUCCACAAGAAAAGAUAUUUAUAAUCAAUCUCAUCUAACCAACAUUUUUAAUUUGGAAGGAAAAGAUAAAAAGUUUCCAGUAGUGUAUUCAUUUAAAAAUUCCAUGAAGUGAGGACUUUUCUCUUUGAUAGUGACAUGAUUCCAUUCUAAGUCUUUAAUUGCUUACUCGCUGAGUGACUUUCCUUUCCCAAGAUCUUAGAAAAAAUUUUUAGUUUUCAAUUAAACUAGUUUCCAAGACUUCUUAACUCUGUUAUAAGCUGGAGAAAACUUCUCACACUGUUCUGCAGAUGAGGCUGUUGGGUAAAACUUGCUUUGCCCAUGACAGUGAAGGUAGUUAUAUCCUUCAACAAAACUUUACUCCCAGGUGCUUAUAGUACGAAGAUGGCAACUAUCUCAGUAUUGUACUACAAUAGGUAUAGUUAUUCAUGAACAUAUCAUUACCUUAAAUCUGAAGAGUGUAAAGGGAGUAAAGCUGACAUUUUGCUGUGAAAGUGGUUGUAAGUGUUGUAUAAUCUAUGAAUGCUUUCAUUUACUGGGACUUUGCAAUUUUAGCAAAUCCCAGAAAUAUUGGUUGUAUGUAUGGAACUGAAUGUACCUGUGUUUCUUUUUGAAUAAAAUAAAAAAAAUAGUU